GUGGCUGGGCUUUUUUGGCUCUGCACCAUGAGAAACGAAUAUUUAAGUUUGCUGCCAGGACUCUUGGUGCUGCUGCUGUUGCUGAUGGGACUUGCAGCCCAAAAGAGUAAACCCUGUGCUCGGUGGUGCCCUGCGAACUCCUCAUGUGUCAAUGGUACUGCCUGCCGCUGCGCUCCGGGAUUCAGUUCUUCAUCUGGGGAGAUCUUCACCAACCCCUUGGAGAGUUGUGAUGACAUCAAUGAGUGUGGACCACCCUUACUAGUGUCCUGUGGAAAAUUUGCAGACUGCCAGAACACGGAAGGGGAUUACCACUGCACGUGCAUGAAAGGAUUGGUGCUUAUUUCUGGGGGAAAAACAUUUAGGAUUGCAAGGGAGAACACAUGUCGAGAUGUGAAUGAAUGUGCCUCGAGGAGAAACCCAUGCCACAGCUCCACCCACUGCUUCAACCUCGUGGGCACCUAUGAGUGCCGCUGCCGCCCUGGCUGGAAGCCGAUUCCUGGGUCCCCGAACGGCCCAAACAACACCGUCUGCGAAGAUGUGGACGAGUGCAGCUCCGGGCAGCAUCAGUGUCACAACUCCACCUUCUGUGUCAACACUGUGGAUUCAUACACCUGCGACUGCCGCCAAGGCUGGGUGCCCAAAUCCGGAUUCCGGAAUGAGCAAAACACCACCAUCUGCGAAGCCCCUGCAGAGAUCUUCCCCACCUGGACCGCACCCCCUGGAAUCAAAAGCCAGAGGCUCUCUCACUUCUUUAACAAAAUCCACGAUCUGGGCAGAAACUUCAGUUCAGCCCUUGUCCAGGGCACUAUCCAGGACCUCGUACAGGAGCUGGGUGAUCUGCUGGAGACCCCUGGGGACCUGGAAACCCUGCCCCACUCAGAGCAGCACUUUGUGGCCACUAGCCUGCUCUUUGGCCUGGAGAAUGUCCUGAGAGGGCUUAGCAAGGCCCUGCCCAAUGGACCACUGACUUUCAGUUCAUCUGCAGGCACAGAACUGUCACUGGAGGUGCAGAAGCAAGGAUGCAGGAAUAUCACCUUUAUUCAGAAUCAGACAAAGAUGAUGCUGACCUGGGAUACAGUGCAUGAUUCUGGUGACUCAGGCCCUACUGUGGUGGGCCUUCUGUCCACUCCAGGGAUGAGUAAGUUUCUGGCUGAGGGCCCCCUGAUCCUGAAUACUGAGCAACAGGCAGUUCUGCAUGAGACACCCCAGGGCAUGAUGCAGGAAGUCUCGCCUGUCCUGCUGUCAGAUGUUGUAUCUGCCUUCAUCAGCAACAAGGACACCCAGAACCUCAGGUCCUCAGUGACCUUUGUCUUCCAGCAUUCACUUAUCCCUGAGCCAAGGAAGAAGGUAUACUGUGUCUUCUGGGAGCAUGGCCAGAAUGGAAGUGGUCAUUGGGCCACCAGAGGCUGCAGGAUGGUGGGAACCAUACACAACAGCACCACCUGCCAGUGCACCCAUCUCAGCAUCUUUGCCGUCCUCAUGGCCCACGACGAUGUGCAGGAGAAGGAUCCUGCACUGACAAUGAUCACCUACGUGGGGCUGAGCCUCUCUCUGCUGUGCCUCUUCCUGGCGGCCCUCACCUUCCUGCUGUGCAAAGCCAUCCAGAACACCAGCACUUCCCUCCACCUGCAGCUCUCGCUCUGCCUCUUCCUGGCUCACCUGCUCUUCCUAACAGCCAUCGACAGAACUGAGAUCAAGGUGCUGUGUGCCAUCAUCGCAGGUGCCUUACACUACCUCUACCUGGCCUCCUUCACCUGGAUGCUGCUGGAGGGCCUGCACCUCUUCCUCACUGCACGCAACCUGAUGGUGGUCAACUACUCCAGUGUCAACAGGUUCACGAAGAAGCUCAUGUUCCCAGUGGGCUAUGGAGUCCCAGCUGUGAUUGUGGUCAUUUCUGCAGCAUCCAGGCCCCAUCUUUAUGGAACACCGACCAGCUGCUGGCUCCAACGAGAAAAGGGAUUUAAAUGGGGUUUCCUUGGACCAGUCUGUGCUAUCAUCUCUGUCAAUUUAACUUUCUUUCUGAUGACCCUCUGGAUUUUGAAAAGCAAACUCUCUUCCCUCAACAGUGAUGUGUCCACCCUCCAGAACACCAGAAUGCUGACAUUUAAAGCCACAGCUCAGCUGUUCAUCUUGGGAUGCACGUGGUGUCUGGGAAUCCUGCAGGUGGGAUGGGCUACCGAUAUCAUGGCCUAUCUCUUCACCAUCAUCAACAGCCUGCAGGGUGUCUUCAUCUUCCUGGUGUACUGCCUCCUCAGCCAGCAGGUCCGGGAGCAAUACAGGAAAUGGUUCAAAGGGAUCAAGAAAAUCGGAGCCGUAUCUGAGAAGUACACGCUGUCUAGCAGGGCCAUGUCGGAUGCCUGCAAAGACAGUGAGAUCUGA